AUGGCAAUGGCGGCACAAGCCAUGGCCCACUUCCGUUUCUCUCCUCUCUCUUCUCAUCAGCGCUACCAUUACCAUUACCAUUACCACUCCACACAUUCCUUCCCGUCUCCGCGCCACCCCCGCAUCCAAAGACUCCACUUUGCCUUCUCCGGCGGCGACAUAGGCAGCGGGGCGGGGGGAGGAGGCGGUGGGGGAGGAGGCGGAGACUCGGACGGAGACAGCGUCGGAUUCGGAGUUCUGGGUAUGUUUUUAAACGGAUGGAGAUCGAGGGUGGCGGCGGACCCACAAUUCCUUUUCAAGGUUUUGAUGGAGGAAUUGGUGGGUGUGAGUGCGGCGGUUGUGGGCGACAUGGCCACACGCCCCAACUUCGGGCUCAACGAACUGGACUUCGUGUUCUCGACUCUGGUUGUGGGGUCCAUUCUGAAUUUCAUUCUGAUGUAUCUCUUGGCACCCACCUUGUCCUCCUCCUCCUCCUCCUGCUCCACCCUCCCUUCUUUGUUCGCGAGGUGUCCCAGCAGCCACAUGUUCGAACCGGGUCCCUACGGAAUAGUGGAGCGGUGUGGAACUCUGGUGUACAAGGGAGGGGUGUUUGCGCUGGUGGGGCUGGUUGCUGGCCUUGUUGGGACUGCCAUUUCGAACGGGCUGAUCGCGAUGAGGAAGAGGGUCGACCCCACGUUCGAGUCGCCGAACAAGGCUCCGCCUACGGUUCUGAACGCCCUGACUUGGGCGGCGCACAUGGGUGUGAGCAGCAAUGUGAGGUACCAGUGUCUGAAUGGGGUGGAGUUUUUGUUGGAGAAGUGGGUCCCUCCUUUUGUGUUCAAGUCCUCUGUGUUGGCUCUCAGACUGGCCAACAACGUUGUUGGAGGGAUGACUUUUGUCAUGUUGGCAAGGCUCACCGGCUCUCAGUCUGUUUCUGUUCCUCAACCCAAAUAG